CGGUCACAAACGAGAAAAGGGCAGGAGCGAGUCGUGUCUAACACGCAGCCGUCACGCUUCAACGAAUUAUUGCAACGUCCUUGCCUUCCAGAAAAGCUAGGAAGUCGGGAAGCAGAACUGGAGUGUAGACCUCGUAGUGAUUUCGUUUCGCCUCGAACGAGACAGUAUUUAUUGAUCUUUUCAAACUGCAGCUCCCAUCCCGUGCAGAUCUGGCAAUUUGAUGCGCCUAUGACAUGUUCCUGAAGCUAUUAGAUGGCAAUUUCUCGUUCAGUUAUUACACAGCUACACGGAAUCGUAUAGUGUCCUCGUAGGCCUUAAUUAAGUCGCUUGGUUUGUCAAGCUACUUGGCAUCGCGUUGGCAUCAAUUCUCUAAACCGACGCGCGAUGAUACCGCUGUUUCGGAGCUCGAUAGUCUCUGAAAUAACCAUGAUCAAUCCGGAGGAGGCAUAUAGUUACGAGGAGAUGGUGGAGAUCGCAAACUUUCUACAAACGAAGACUCAACAUCGACCCUCAGUUGGCAUUAUCUGCGGUUCGGGUCUUUCGUUUUUAGCUGACCUUCUCGCCGAGAAGGAUAUCAUCAAAUAUGAGGACGUCCCGCGGUUCCCACGGAGUACGGUAAAAGGCCACAGUGGCCAGUUGGUGUUUGGUAAAUUAUCGGGCAAAGUCGUCGUCUGCAUGCAGGGUCGAAUCCAUCCAUACGAAGGCCAUCCCAUGUGGAAGUGCGCUAUGCCAGUUCGCCUUAUGAAGCUAUGCGGGGCCAGCAUCCUAGUGGUAACGAACGCCGCUGGUGGACUUAAUCCCAGUCUUAAAACGGGCGACAUUAUGCUUAUUAAGGAUCACAUCAAUUUUGCUGGUCUGGCUGGUAACCAUCCUCUUCGGGGUCUUAACGACGAUCGUUGGGGCCCACGAUUUUCUAAUAUGAAUUGCGCUUAUGAUCCAGAGCUUUUGAGGCUAGCACGUGAUGCAGCCUUGGAGGUUGGUGCUGGUAGUUUUCUUAAGGAAGGCGUCUAUUGUAUGUUGGGAGGACCAAGCUUCGAAACCGUUGCCGAAGUUAAGAUGCUCCGCUUACUCGGAGCUGAUUGCGUAGGCAUGUCAACCAGUCACGAGGUAAUCGUGGCCAAACACUGUGGAUUGCGCGUCGUCGGCUUAUCGCUCAUUACCAAUGAGGCCGUGGCAUCAUAUGAAGCUAAUCAAUUCGCUUGUCACGACGAGGUGCUGGCAACUGCCCGCCAAAGAGCAACAGUCCUAGAAAAGAUCGUGUCACUUCUCGUCUUUCGAAUGCACUAGAUUUCCCAAGAAGGAAAAUUGGCACCUGCCGAUCAAUGUGUUCAAUGCUCCAUUAAUACCAAUAUCGUAAUCUUAUACCGCCACGAAAUGGAUCCGUUAAAGGGCUAUCCUGUAAGCGGCAAAAAGCUAUAAAAAAUGUUCAGCGAUCUUCACCCACGAGUCCACUGUUGCCGUGUGUCUUACGGGGCUGAGACAGCAGUGCCAAUGUUACAUAGUAUCUGGCUUAAUUACAUACGUAGCUAUAGCAUAUUUAUAAUUUUACAUGUUUUCCAAUAAGGAAUCGAAUAAGUGAAUCCGCUGUAAUGUCGAAAAGGGAAGUUAGAUAAGAUGUUCAUUUGUUAGGCUCAUGCCUUUGGGGUUAGAAAAAAAUGAUGGAUCUGGACACCUUUUCCAUGAAUCGGCAGAAUGACUAUGUCCAAUCUACCCGGCUCACUGUUGUAGUUUAAUUCCAUAGCGAAUAUUCCCAUUAUUAUAAUUUGUGUAUAAAACAAAGCCAAAGACUGUAAAACUAUUUUUAUUAAGGAGAAAGCUAUUAUUAUUUACUAGGUUACAUUAACAACGACACGUGUUGUUAUAUAUAUAUAUAUAUAUAUUGGGCAUUGCUAACUAAUAAUACUUAAUAAAUGUGCGAAAUUUCACUUUU